UUUUCCUUUCCCCUUUCCACAAAAGAAAACAUCAACAAAAUUCAUUCCUACUCAUUUAGAAAACUCGAAAUGAAAAUUCUUUUAUUCAGCCUCAUUAAUAUUGUUGCUUUAAUAAUCAUUACUGCUUCUGUUCCUGUUUCUGCUUAUUUUUACCAUAAUAUUUCUACAAUUCCACGUUCUUUAAUUCCUAUUAAUUCUACAUGGAACCAUUUCAACAAAUAUUUGGGUUGCCACAUUGGCCAAAGAAUCAAAGGCUUGGCUAAAAUCAAACAGUAUUUCCAACAUUUUGGAUAUAUUAAUUCUUUAAGCAAAAAUUUCAGUGAUGAAUUUGAUGAUGUUCUUUUUUCAGCUCUUAAGACUUAUCAGCUUAACUUUAAUCUUAACACCACCGGAGAAUUCGACAUGCUCACUCUUCAACAUAUGAUGAAACCGAGAUGCGGAAAUCCAGAUAUAGUAAAUGGCACUACUAGUAGGAACUCCGGCAAGUCUCUGACGAUGCAUACGGUGGCUCAUUUCUCUUUUUUUGAAGGACGGCCACGUUGGCAAUCGAGUAAGACUAAAUUAAAGUAUGCAUUUCUACCGGAGAAUCAAUUAACGGAUUCUGUUAAGGUAGCGUUUGGACGGGCGUUUGAUAGGUGGAGGGAGAUAACGCCGUUAACUUUCACAGAGACGGAUUCUUAUAGAUCAGCGGAUAUUCGGAUCGGGUUUUUUGCAGGGGACCAUGGAGAUGGUAACCCGUUUGAUGGACCUAUGAAGAUUUUGGCACACGCGUUUUCACCGCCAAUAGGAUUUUUCCACCUAGACGGCGACGAAAAUUGGGUGGUCAACGGCGAAUAUUUGAAAGAAGGGAUGUCGAGAAUAUCUGCAGUGGAUCUUGACUCUGUUGCAGUUCAUGAAAUCGGGCAUUUAUUGGGUUUGGAUCAUUCAUCCAAAAAUGAAGCAAUUAUGUUUCCUACACUUGGUGCUGGAGUGAGGAAAGUGGAACUGUCGAGUGAUGAUAUUAAGGGAGUCCAAAUGUUAUAUGGGUCAAACCCGAAUAAUAAUAAUGGAUCAAGUACUGUUUACACACCAAGUCAAGAGAAUGAUACCGGUGGAGCUUCCACUUUUGGUUCAUUGUGCCCUCAUUGGUUUUCAUGGAUUAUUGGAUUCUUCUUACCAUUUGUGCUUUGAAUUUUGCUGUAGUAUGUAUCAUUUUUAGUCGUAUGAUUUGAUUAUUUUUGAAAUA